AUGGUGAAGAAAAAGAUUCUGGUUACUGAGGUUGAGGUUCAGUGUAUUAGCAACGUUCCCGGUGCGCGCUUGACCGCUCCAGUGCCCGAGACGCGCCGCGAACGAACGGAGGCGCGCGCGUGGACCAGGCGAUGGCGGAGGAUAGGGCGCGCCGCACCGGGGUCUCGCGCACCGUGGAGCCACGAUGACGGCGGCGCGAAGCUCGAGCGAAGAGCGCGCGGGGAGGGGGCGGACGCGGACGGAGAGGGGGGCGCGAGAGCGGCCCGGGAGCACGAGCACGAGCACGAGCAGGAGCAGGCCACCGCUGCGCACAUCAGCAUCGGCGUGCUGGAGUCGGUCGCUACCGUCGGUACAGGCACGUUCGGCCGCGUCGUGUUGGUCCAGGAUCGCAAAUCCAAGGGCUAUUUUGCAUUAAAGUCUAUGAAGAUCAUGGAUCUGAUCCGACUGAAACAGCAGCAACAUGUUCACAAUGAGAAGCAGGUCCUCAUGGAGGUCAAUCACCCGUUUAUCGUCAAACUGUUCUGGACAUGGCAUGAUGAACGAUGUCUCUUCAUGCUGAUGGAGUUUGUCCCUGGAGGUGAACUCUUCAGUUACCUGCGCUCUCGCGGGAAGUUCAGUAACGACACGGGCCUGUUCUUUGCGGCGGAAAUCGUCUGUGCGCUGGAGUACCUGCAUUCCAAAGACGUCGUGUACAGGGACCUGAAACCGGAGAACAUCCUCCUGGACCGUGAAGGCCACAUCAAACUCACCGACUUCGGAUUCGCCAAGAAGGUCACGGACAGGACGUGUACAUUAUGCGGAACUCCGGAGUACCUGGCACCCGAGAUAAUCCAGGGCAAAGGUCACGGUCUGGCAGUGGACUGGUGGGCCCUGGGUGUACUUAUUUUUGAAAUGCUGUCUGGGUUUCCACCGUUUUUUGACGACAAUCCUUUCGGUAUUUAUCAGAAGGUUCUCUCUGCCAAGCUGAACCUCCCUCGCCAACUCGACUUCCAUGUAAAAGACCUCAUCAAGAAGCUGCUUGUUGUCGAUAAAGCGAAGAGACUGGGAAGUUUAAGAGGAGGAGCCGAGGAUGUGAAGAGCCACAAAUGGUUUCGAUCUGUAGAUUGGGACAUUGUUCCUCAGAGAAAACUCAAGCCAAUUAUCAUUCCUGAAGUGGCGCAUGAGGGAGAUCCAUCAAAUUUCGAAGCUUAUCCUGAAGAAAAGCGCAAAAAAGAACCUGCUGUUUCCCCGAGGGACUUGGAAAUUUUUAAGAACUUUUGAUUACAAACAAACAUUCACAAUGUUGAUACUUAUUUAUGAGUUUUUUGCAUCUUUUCACUAAGGCAUGUGAUACGAUACGAUACGUCUCGCAGUGUUGAACACAAGCACAAUGUCAUUACUGCUGAAUAUUCCUGAGAUCCAGUGAAGAGAUCCUGAGUUGGAGUCUGCAGAUCCAGUGAAGAGAUCCUGAGUUGGAGUCUGCAGAUCCAGUGAAGAGAUCCUGAGUUAGAGUCUGCAGAUCCAGUGAAGGUUGAACAUUGUGGCAGAUGUGGUCGUCACUCUGAUUCAGGAAAAAGUUUCCACAUCUGGACGAACUCCUCAUUUCCCACCGCAGCGUAUGGAUCGUUCUGGAUCGUUAUUUUGACUUAACGACUUUUCAGAUUAAGUUGAUUUCUUAUUAUUUCAGAACAUAAGCUUGUUAUCGAAACUUAUUUUAACAUAAUAACAUGGAUGUUGAGGAUCUCAGAAUUUAACAUGUACAGGAUAUUAUGUAGAAACGACGUGUGGCAAAAUGACACGUUGACGUUGUUUUUCUCCGACAGUGUCAGUAGUACGCGCAUGUCUGUAGGUUGCUAGGAUCGUUCGUCAUGGUUACAGUUUUGAACACGUGAUCCAUCACGUGAUGUAGGAGCGUAGUCACUCACAGGUAUAGGUGAAGGUAUACGCUAUGAUGAGAUCCUGACGAGACGAAACGAGACGUACGCAUCACUACACGUCUGUUUCCACUCGGUCUUGUUCUAUGGUGUCGUGUGUAAUGUAAUGUAGCUAUAAUCUAUGCACUUCGUUCGAUGUUUUGUUUGUUAUGCAAAUGCACAUAACCUUUAUUGCAAGUUAUUCCACAUGUACCCGACUUUUCUCUGGGAAUGAUUAUGCAAAUGAUGUUAAUGAUCUGGACAGAUCCAUCAGUUUAUCUCCGUCUCCAUGUGAUCGUGUCUCUAGCUGUAGUAUGUUUGUGAUGCUAAUGAAACGUUAUAGCUGCUCUCUGUUUGUUUGAUGGUAUGAGAUGCUUGAAUAUGUAAUAAACUUUUUUUUUGUGAUGAAAUUCACAAU